AUGUUGUUCAUAGGCGCAUUAUUAUUAUCUUUACUGCAUAAUGCGGUGGCGCAACGGCAUGACGCGGAUCUAAUGUCCUUUGUGACGCUCCCCGAAGUCCGAGCCCUGAAGUGGGAGGUCACUCAUCAUGAUCGGGCACGCGAGGCCCCGGGAUAUUGGUUCGUUGCGCCUUAUGGCCAGAUCUCACCCGAGUCUCCAACCCAAAAAUACCAGCAGUACCAAGUUGGUCCCUACAUCUAUGAUAACGAUGGUGUCCUGGUUUGGGCGGGCCCGAGUCUCUACGAUAACCGCAAUGCUUUCGAUUUCCGCGCAAACCUCAACAUGGACGGCGAGCCACAUCUGUCAUUUAUCGUCGCUUGGGACAAUGAGAAUGGGGCUGACAGGGGCCACGGUGUGAUUGUGGAUAAGCACUACCAGAUCGAGAAGGAGGUUCUGCCCUUGGUGGAUGUGCACGACUUCAACAUGCACGAGUUCAACAUUCUGGAUGGUGGAAAGACCGUCUUGGCCUGUGUUUAUCGCCAGGUCGAGGUUGAUCUAGCGGACUUUGGCCGACCGAACGAGAAAAGCUGGGUUGUAUCUGGCGGGUUUGCGGAGUUCGACAUCGAGACCAAUGAGAUUCUGACGCAAUGGAAUAGUCUGGAUCACAUCGCCCUGCAUGAAUCGAACAUGUUCCAUGCAUGGGAUGGCGUCCAAGGCGCCCCGGGAUGGGAUUACGUUCAUGCAAAUGCGGUGGAUAAGAACGCUGCUGGGGACUACAUCAUUUCCAUGCGAUUCACCAACACCAUCUACGGUAUCUCCGGUCUCGAUGGCAAUGUUAUGUGGCGUCUCGGUGGACUGGAGAGUGAUUUCGUCCAGGACUUCACCUUCUCCAAGCAGCACGAUGUGAAAUUCGUCUCUUCCAACGGCACCCACCAUGUGAUUUCGUUCCUCAACAACGCCUCCGAUGAACGUGGUAACGACGAGAACCUAUCCUCCGUUCUACACGUGGAGCUGAACACAGAAACUAUGACUGCCCACGUAAUCAAGCGUUUCAACCGCCCCGACGCUGGUCUGACCCGUCUACGUGGCAGUGCCGAGGUUCUUCCCAACGGAAACGUCUUUAUCGGCUGGAGUGAGCGCGGCUACCAGAGUGAGCACGCCCCCAACGGCGAUUUGUUGAUGACCGCCCGAUUUUCCUCGACUCGCUACUCGACCUACCGCGCCUACAAGUCCGAAUUCACCGGUCGCCCCCUUACCCCUCCUGAUGUCGUGGCCUCAGUAUACGGAACCAGCAAUACUGAUAUCACCACCAUCUUCCACGUUAGUUGGAACGGUGCUACGGACGUUGCUGGCUGGAACUUCUAUGCCAAGGCCUACGACCGCGGUGAUUCGAUUUACAUUGGCCAUGCUAACAAGACCGACUUUGAGACCAUGUACAUUGUCGACGGGUACAUGGAUUGGGUCUCCGCUGAGGCUGUUGAUCGUGAUGGCAAUCCGAUGAUGAUCUCUCGUGUUGUCCGUAGUGAUAUCCCGAGCAACUGGCAAGCUGUCGGUUUCCUCGGUGCCCACAGCCCUUCUCCGGACGAUCCAACUCUCAUCUCAUCGGUCUACGAGAACUCCAAGACUCAAUCCGACGACUCUACUGACUCCGCCGAAUCCACCGAUACCACCGAAUCAACUGAUGGCACGGAUGCCACAAUCAUCGAGGACAACACCGAGGCUGCCGACACGAUCGACGAUACAAGCAGCGAUAGCAUGGAUGGUAUGGAUAUGGGCGAGAGCUCCGGAUCCGGAUCCACCACCUCGUCCUACUCCGACGCCAAGGAGGUCGCUAUGGCCGUGAACAAGGCCUACGAUGUGAUCCGUGGCGUAGGAGCCCUGUUGAUCUUCAUCCUCGUCUCCUGCACUGUCGGAGUCGUCGGAUUCGCCUGUUACCGCAUGUUCCAAGGCCGCAAGGGUCGGUCCUACCACCACAUCUCCUCGGAGGAAGAUCAUCUGCCCACAGAAGAGAUCCAUCUGCGCUCUCAGGCCGCCGAGUAA